GUUUGAAAAAUGGCAGAAGAUAGCAGUGAGGAGACGAUGUUUAUUUGGUGCGACGACUGUGGGCUGUACCAUGAUUCAGAGUGUCCUGAACUGGGCCCAGUGGUGACAGUCAAAGACUCUUUUGUAUUGAGCAGGGCAAGAUCAUCCCUCCCUUCUAAUUUGGAGAUAAGACAAUUGGAAGAUGGGACUGAAGGAGUAUUUGCUCUGACUCAACUAGUGAAACGUACCCAGUUUGGCCCUUUUGAAUCAAAGAGAGUUGCCAAGCUGGAAAAAGAGUCAGUUUUUCCCCUGAAGGUGUUCCAGAAGGGUGGGCCCCUGGUAUAUUUUGAUACCUCAAAUGAAGAUGAUUGCAACUGGAUGAUGAUGGUGCGACCGGCUACCAAAUAUGAGCAUCAAAACUUAACUGCCUUUCAGCAAGACAAUGAUAUUUACUUCACCACCUCCCGGGACAUCCCACCAGGAACUGAGCUGCGAGUGUGGUAUGCAGCUUUUUACGGCAAAAAAAUGGAAAAGCCAGUGCUGAAGCAGGUCACUAGUGUUGCCAAUGUGAAUGCUCCAGAAGGCAGUGGAGCUGCAGAAGCAGAGCCCAGCCAGUGGACGUGUAAAGUGUGUUCUUCUGCUUUCCAGGAGCCUCAGCUGCUGACAGAGCACUUGCUGAGUCACCUGGAACAAGCCAAAGGUGCCCCCCAAAGCAGCCAAGAUGAGGCUGUUGCAGAGAAAGCAGCAGAGCCUCCCCCUGUGGAGCAGCCAGUGAUUUGUGAUGCGGCCAGUGCCAGUACAGAGUCAAGGAGGAAGGCCAGGCGGGGAAGAAAGCCCAAAACAGCAAAAGCAGAAAUACCUCUAGUCGUUAUUGAAGAUAAAGACUCUGCAGAGGAACAUGUAGCUGAAGUUGUAGCUGAGGUCCCACCAGAAGAGGUAGCCCUGCCUUCAGCUACAGAAGAGAGAAUUAUGGAAUUUGUUCUAGGAAGGAUGCCUGGCACCACAAAUAGCAUCAGUUCAGUGACAAAGUUUGCUCAUCACCAAAACACCAUGUCCCUCAAAAGAAGUUUAAUUCUCUCCAGUAGACAUGGUAUACGGCGGAAGCUGAUAAAACAACUUGGGGAGCACAAGCGAGUCUAUCAAUGCAGUAUCUGCAGUAAGAUCUUCCAGAACAGCAGCAACCUCAGCAGGCACAUCCGUUCUCAUGGUGACAAACUAUUUAAAUGUGAGGAAUGCGCAAAGCUGUUCAGCCGAAAAGAGAGCUUGAAGCAGCAUGUUUCAUACAAGCACAGCAGGAACGAAGUUGACAGUGAGUACAGAUAUAAGUGCACCACGUGUGAAAAGGCCUUUCGGAUAGAGAGUGCAUUGGAAUUCCAUAACUGCAGGACAGAUGACAAGACAUUCCAGUGCGAGAUGUGUUUCAGAUUCUUCUCUACAAACAGUAAUCUUUCAAAACACAAGAAAAAGCAUGGGGAUAAGAAGUUUGCAUGUGAAAUCUGCAAUAAGAUGUUCUACCGUAAGGAUGUCAUGCUAGACCAUCAAAGACGACACUUGGAAGGGGUGAGGCGUGUGAAAAGAGAAGACUUUGAGCACAGCACGGAAAACAUGGUUCGCUACAAGAAGGAGCCUUCAGGAUGCCCCGUGUGCGGGAAGGUAUUUUCAUGUAGGAGCAAUAUGAACAAACACCUUUUAACACAUGGAGACAAGAAAUACACUUGUGAAAUCUGUGGACGUAAAUUUUUCAGGGUGGAUGUGUUGAGAGAUCAUAUUCAUGUCCAUUUUAAGGACAUAGCGCUCAUGGAUGAUCACCAAAGAGAAGAGUUCAUUGGUAAAAUUGGAAUCUCAUCAGAGGAAAACGAUGACAACUCUGAUGAAAGUGCAGAUUCUGAGCCUCACAAGUAUAGCUGCAAAAGGUGCCAGUUGACUUUCGGCAGAGGGAAGGAGUACCUGAAGCACAUAAUGGAUGUGCACAAGGAGAAAGGCUAUGGCUGUAGCAUUUGUAAUCGACGUUUUGCCCUGAAGGCAACUUACCAUGCACACAUGGUCAUUCAUCGGGAGAACCUGCCUGAUCCUAACGUACAGAAAUACAUCCAUCCAUGUGAAAUCUGUGGAAGGAUUUUUAACAGUAUAGGAAAUCUUGAAAGACAUAAGCUUAUACAUACAGGUGUAAAAAGUCAUGCUUGUGAGCAAUGUGGCAAAUCAUUUGCUAGAAAAGACAUGUUAAAAGAACAUAUGCGAGUCCAUGAUAAUAUCCGAGAAUACUUGUGUGCAGAAUGUGGCAAAGGAAUGAAGACAAAACAUGCACUUCGUCACCACAUGAAACUUCACAAAGGGAUUAAAGAAUAUGAAUGCAAGGAGUGUCACCGAAAAUUUGCACAGAAAGUCAACAUGCUGAAGCAUUACAAAAGACACACAGGAAUCAAAGAUUUCAUGUGCGAGCUCUGUGGCAAGACGUUUAGUGAGAGAAAUACAAUGGAGACUCAUAAGUUGAUUCAUACAGUAGGAAAACAGUGGACUUGCUCAGUCUGUGAUAAGAAAUAUGUCACUGAUUACAUGCUACAGAAGCACAUCCAGCUGACUCACGACAAGGUAGAAGCCCAGAGCUGUCAGCUGUGUGGAACAAAGGUUUCUACCAGAGCAUCCAUGAGUCGACAUAUGAGACGUAAACAUCCAGAGAUUCUUUCGGUGAGGAUUGAUGAUUUAGAGCAGCUGCCAGAGACAACUACCAUUGAUGCCUCCUCAAUUGGGAUUGUUCAGCCGGAAUUAGCCUUGGAACAGGGAGAAUUACCAGAAGGGAAACAGCAUAUGAAAGCUCUUAAACGUGGCCAGAAACGAAAACAAAAGUCAGGUGAGGAGGAGGAAGCACAAGUGCCUGAGGACCCUGCCUUCAGUGAAUACACGGAAAAGGAAGGUGAAUUCACAGGGAAUGUUGGAGAUGAGACUAAUUCAGCUGUACAGAGCAUCCAGCAGGUGGUGGUGACCCUUGGCGACCCAAAUGUCACAGCUCCUUCCAGUUCUGUCGGGCUGACAAACAUCACUGUUACCCCCAUUACGACAGCGGCUGGAACCCAAUUCACACACCUGCAGCCAGUGGCUGUGGGCCAUCUGACUGCACCUGAACGUCAGUUACAGCUGGACAACUCAAUCCUCACGGUGACGUUUGACACCGUCAGUGGUUCCGCCAUGCUGCACAACCGCCAAAGUGACAUUCAGAUCCAGCCCCAGCCAGAGGCAGCCAAUCCCCAGUCUGUGGCCCAUUUUAUAAACCUGACCACCUUGGUGAACUCCAUUGCACCUCUAGGGAACCAGAUAACAGAACAGCAUCCUCUGACCUGGAGGUCUGUGCCUCAGACUGAUGUCUUGCAGCCCCAGGCACAGCCAACGCAACAGCAGUCAGGACAGCAACAGGUUCAAACAGAGCAACAACAACAGAUGUAUAGCUACUAAUUUAUACCUUGAAAAGUUUUGAAAUGGACAGUACUUAGAGACAAAAAUACACAGAUAUUUGGAAAAUUUCUAAUAGGAUCGUUUGCUGGAUACCAAACAGAGAUAGGAAAAUGCUUAUACAAUGAAAUGUAAACUAAAUUUGGCAUAAGACCCUGCAACACCCUAAUCUUGAGAUUCUUACCCUGUCUCUAGACCUUGCACUGUCUUAAAAAAAAAAGAAAAAGGAAAAAAAUCUCACCAUAAAUUUAGCGUCCCCUCGCACUGUCUAUUAUGUGCAGUAAGAUUGAGAUUUGACAGGAGCAUCAUAAUUUAUCUUAACCACAGCAGGGAAAUCCUAAAUAUUAUGGCACUGGUGAUUUACAAAACCCUCUCAGCCAUACCAUGUCACUUCUUUCCAGUCUGGAAAUAACAUAUGAAGACCUUGUUCACAGUGAGGUGGAAUGCAAUUGUGGUCAGCUGGUAAAGACUGAAAUGUAAAGACACAAAUGGGCAAAACAGUAAUUGUCUUGUUUUUUAUCUUCUUUAGGUCUUGUAUCUAACAACAUUGGUAAAGUAGGUGGAGGUUGGGGCUUUGGGGUGGGGAUGAGUGUGGUGUGGAAGAAAAUAUACCGAUUUCACAAAGCAUUUCCAUUUUAGUCAUGGGAAAAACCCUGUACCCAUAAUACAGUGUUAGUGCUACUUGAAUCAGAGAGCUGGUCUAAUGCUAAAGCAACUUUUAUGGUCCUCUAGUCAAGUUUGAACCAAACCAGUUAUGAACUGAAAAAAAGAAUGUGAUCCAGUCUUAUGUAAUUUUUCAAAAUUGCUCUUUCAAUCUUGCUUUUAGCUAACAGGUCUGAAGAGCAAUCAGUCCCCUUUGAUCAAGUCCAAGAUGUGAAUUUUUUUCAAUUAGUCUUCUUUCAUCGUGUAAUAAACAUUUGAGAAAGCAUUCUUUUUAUAUAUAUAUGCACAUAUAUAUAUAUAUAUAGCCUUUGUACUUUACUGUGUGUUCCUGGUGAGUAUUCGUGUGAAAAACACUGUUAUCAAUAUAAUUCAUUAAUUUUUUUCAUCCCCAUAUUGCCGUUUCUCACAGAAAUAACUUAUGGGUUCUAUUCCUUCUGUUUCCAAAACUGUUCCCAAAAUUCAUAGCCACACACAAGAUUGUGUGAAAUGCAAGAGAAAAGAAUGUCUGAAGCAUAUUCUGCCACACGGAGGCAGCAUGCCCUAGUGUAUAAUGGGCAAGGUUUGCAUGACUGUUGGGGAUAUAAAUAGUGGGUUGGGUCAAAAACGUCAUUGCUGACACUACACUUUCAUUCCAUUCUCCAUACGUUGAUGUGCAGUCUUACUCUAGCAUGUCAAGAAGAUAGUAUCUUUCCCACAGAGAAAAAGCAGCUGAUAUCAAAAAGGGAUGAACUAUUUAAAAAAAAAAAAAAAAAAGAAGUUGCUGCCUGGAAUUCUGAAAGGCAAAUCUGUCCUUCCAGCUGUGGCUGAAGAACAAGGUCCUUUGGGGCAGCAGACUGAGCGACAGAACUGUGCUAAAGAUUUUUGCUGAGGAUAAAGCAGCUGCUGUGUUUGACAGUGAAGACAGAUUAAUGGUUGUAAAAAUCCUGUCUGUGCCUAUCAUAUUUAUGAAAUUGUUCUAUGUAUUAGCAAAAAUAUGAGUAGGAAUGACUUCAACUUUGAAAGUCUGUAUUAACAUGGAUUACUUGACCCCUAAAGGAUGCCUUAUAAUCUCUACAACACAUUCUUCCAAAGUAUAAAUGUCUGGUUAUUAAAGUUAACCUCCAGUGGUUUUCUUGGUGCUGUAGCAGUGUCCAGAGGCUCGCUAUGUGAGGCUCUGUGUAAAUCUUAGUUGUAACAGGACAUGUGUAGGAAAGGGGUUUCUGGGACAGAUUUUGUGUGUCAGAGGAGCAAAAGUACUAUUCUCCAAAUGUCAACAAGCCUUUAAAAUGUCUGCAUGGGAGGGAUCUAUAUUUGAUGACAAGGAUGCAUAUCAGGAAGAGAAAAUAUCUUUUACCAGUGUGGGAAAGAUAAUUUAUCAUGCCCUAGCCCUGUCUGUCUUCCUCAGAUCUUUUUCACACAAUAUCAUGAGAUCCCGUAAUUUUCUUAGCCUCCCAGUAUCCUGAGAAGUGCAGUUUUAUGCCCCUCUAUCACCUGGAUUAUUUCACCACUGCCAGUUAAGUUUCUCUUCAGCUGUCUUGUCCAAAAAUGCUUCCCCUUCACACCAAACCCACUGGUCAAGAGGAAGCUAGGUUUUAUUUAUUAAAUAUGUUGCUUAUGUACUUGAAAGAUGGGGUUUUUUUUCCCCUCGUGUUUGGUGCCUAAUUGGUAAAGGCAAUGAUUGAUUCUAGCAGAUUUAAAAAGGAAUGAUCACACAAAAAAUGCUUGCAUGUUGGUGGUCACAUAGAAAAUAAAUGUCUCUCUUCAGUCUCUCAGUAUCCCCAAUAUCAUAAAAUCAUAGAACAGCCCAGAUUGGAAGGGACCUCAAAAAAUCAUCUAGUCCAGCCUUUUUUGGGAAAGGGAGCCUAGACGAGAUUAUCUAGCCCCCUGUCCUAUUGCUAACCCUAUUUAUAACCUCCCGUGACAAGGACUGUACCAUGUCCCUGUUCCAGCGGGUGAUUGUUCUUACUGUAAAAAUUAUCUUAAGUAAUAUUCUGCUUCAGGAGGGAAAAAUGUAACCACUAGAAGGGCUUUGACUAGGCCAGGCAAUAGAAAGUUCUCUAAAAGCUAAUCUUCCCAGAGCACUCCUUUUGGAAAUGAUCUCGACUUUCUCUGCGACCAUUGCUAGUGGUACCUCAUCAUCUCUCAGAAUGAUUUUGUUAUUACUACUGUAAUUAACAUCCCUGUGAGAACACAACUGUAUCUUGGGUCUGCUGCAGCAUGAAACGUUUCAAAAAAAAUUAGUUCGGGUUUGUUUCAAACAAAUUAUUUUGUUUGGAGAAAUUGGAAAUGGAUGCCUUCUCAGACAGAGCUUACCUUGGAGAACUAUUGACUGCCAGCUGCCCUCCCAACUAAGCCUUUCUCCAAUGAAUACCAAAGUUACACUGAUGCUGUUUCAAACUGCACAAGAAACAAAAACUACGUUAAGGGAUGUGCAAUCGAAAUUUCCUUUGCCAAUUUGUUACUAGCCUUUUCAGCUAUGGGAUGUGAAGGUUGUUGUUUUCAGCCAUGCGUUGGAGUUUUUGCAUAACAGCUGUUCAGUAACAAACUGGAAUGACUUUGAGCCAAAGGAGUGAUGCUGUGUAGUGUUCUGUGUAUUGUCAUUGUUUAUUGCUAAGACUAUUAUUUAACUGAAUGCUGUCUGUGGCACAUGGGCUCUGAAGUAAAGGAGCAUCAAGGUACAGAACCCUUUCUCUACUAGUGUUAUUCUUUUCUGAUCCUUCAUUAAUGUAUCAAACUUAUUUUUUUCCUUCAAAAGAAAAAAUAGACACAUAGACUUCAGAAGCAGUCCACUUAAUCAUUAUAUCAUAGAACUUUGUCCAUCCUGCAAUAUACAGAAACACGGGUUAGGGUUCUAAAAUAUUUUCUCUAGCUUGUUACUGGGUAAUAACAGAAAGCAGAGGAAAUAGAAUCUUUCUUGGCUGUGGUCUGUGGUGAGUUCUCUCAGGAAAACCUACUGUAACAAGUGCUGUUACACUCUCUACAAUUAAACUUUUAUUUUGAGGUACGUCCAUAUCAAAAGUGAGUAUUUUUGCAGAAACUUGCCAGUCAGUCUCCUACAUAACCAGCUAUGUUUCUGUACCUUUUAUUGUUUGAGAAAUUGAAGUCGACAGCCAGGUAGCAGCAGCUGAAUUUAUUUCUGGAACUGAAUUUUCUGUCAGUUUGUCAGAGUGAUUUACUAGUGCUCUGCACGCAUAGAGAUGCCUCCAUUUCUCAUCUUGAAAACCAGGAAUGGAAAAAAUACUGUACCUCUAAAUGACAAUCUGAUAAAAACUGUAGGUACUACAUGAAAAUGGAUAGGGUAAAUAGCUUUGUUAAUAUGGCUUUGUGAAUCCUUGUUCAGUAAUGAGAUUUCCUUGGUGCUAUUUAAAGUAAUAAUAAUGUCACUCUUAUUACUUUUGGCCUUACAUUUAUUAUUGAUGUAGGCAUACCUGUUGGAAAAUCUUUAACCCUUUUGUAUUGGCAUGCCUUUUUGUGGGGGUUGAGCGUUGGCCUCAUCUGGUGUAAAGGAAAAGGAAACAUAUGAGAGGAGGACGCUGCUGAUCCACACCACGAGGCCCAGCAAAGCUCUGCUGGUCAUUUUGGAGACAGACUGCGCAGCCGAGUGACUUGCAUCUGUGAGAUUAGUUACCAAGGUUUGGUUUCACAUAAUGGCUUUUUUGCCCUGUAGCACAUCCAGAGUGUCACGUUGGAAACAGGAGAAAGAAAAAAAAAAAAGUG